UUACCUACCAGGCCCAGCGGGGCCCGCCCCCCCCUGCGCCCAGUCCAGCGCCCGCCCGACCAACGGCCGCUGCCCUGGACCCUGGCGUCCGGCUCCCCCCGGGCCAGGACCCCGCGUCGCGGACCCACGAUGGCCAAGCGCAGCUCGCUGUUCAUCCGCAUCGUGGAGGGGAAGAACCUGCCCGCCAAGGAUAUCACGGGCAGCAGCGACCCCUACUGCAUCGUGAAGGUGGACAACGAGCCCAUCAUAAGGACAGCCACUGUGUGGAAGACCCUGUGCCCCUUCUGGGGCGAGGAGUAUCAGGUGCACCUGCCGCCCACCUUCCACUCAGUGGCCUUCUACGUCAUGGACGAGGAUGCCCUCAGCCGGGACGACGUCAUCGGGAAGGUCUGCCUUACCAGGGACACCCUGGCUACUCAGCCUAAGGGUUUCAGUGGAUGGGCCCAUCUGACGGAGGUCGACCCUGAUGAGGAGGUGCAGGGCGAGAUCCACCUGCGACUGGAAGUGGUGCCGGGGACCCGGGCCUGCCGGCUGCGCUGCUCUGUGCUGGAGGCCAGGGACCUAGCCCCCAAGGACCGGAAUGGUGCAUCUGACCCCUUUGUCCGAGUGCGCUACAACGGCCGGACGCAGGAGACCUCGAUCGUGAAGAAGUCACGCUACCCACGCUGGAACGAGACGUUUGAAUUUGAGCUGGAGGAGGGGGCAGCGGAGGCGCUGUGCGUGGAGGCCUGGGACUGGGACCUUGUCAGCCGCAAUGACUUCCUGGGCAAGGUGGUGUUCAAUGUCCAGAGACUCCGGGCGGCCCAGCAGGAGGAGGGCUGGUUCCAGCUGCAGCCCGACCAGUCCAAGAGUCAGCGGGAAGAGGGCAACCUGGGCUCCUUGCAGCUGGAGGUGCGGCUGCGGGACGAGAUGGUGCUGCCCUCCGGCUGCUACCAGCCCCUGGUGCAGCUGCUCUGCCGUGAGGUGAAGCUGGGCACCCAGGUGAGGGGGCCCCUGGGGGAUGGUGGGAGGGUCCAGGGACAGUCGGUGUGUCCUCCCUGUCCUUCUAAACCCACGCUGAAGAGCAGAGAUCUGAGUUGUCAGGAUGGUAAGGAACCAGCCAGUGCCCGGGGCCCCUCCGUCCCUUGGGAAAGUGCCCCCCCCUUCCCCAUGGUCCUCUGCGGUCCUCAGAGUGAAGGGUUUGGCUUCCCCUGUGCGUCCUGCAGCCCCACCUCUCCUUGCUGCCUCCCGCAGAGCCCAGGGCAGCUGAUCCUACUCAUCGAGGAGACGACAAGCACGGAAUGCCGCCAGGACGUGGCCACCACCCUGCUCAAGCUCUUCCUUGGGCAGGGACUGGCCAAAGACUUCCUGGACCUGCUCUUUCAGCUGGAGCUGGGUCGCACCAGUGAGGCCAACACCCUGUUUCGGAGCAAUUCUCUGGCCUCCAAGUCCAUGGAGUCUUUUCUGAAGGUGGCUGGAAUGCGGUAUCUGCACGGCGUCCUGGGCCCCAUCAUUGACAGGGUGUUUGAGGAGAAGAAGUACGUGGAGCUGGACCCCAGCAAGGUGGAGGUCAAGGAUGUAGGGUGCUCCGGUCUGCACCGCCCGCAGACCGAAGCUGAGGUGCUGGAGCAGAGCGCGCAGACGCUGCGCGCCCACUUGGGGGCGCUGUUGAGCUCGCUCAGUCGCUCGGUUCGCGCAUGCCCCGCCGUGGUCCGCGCCACCUUCCGCCAGCUCUUCCGGCGCGUGCGCGAGCGCUUCCCCAGCGCCCAGGACGAGAACGUGCCCUUCAUCGCCGUCACCAGCUUCCUGUGCCUGCGCUUCAUCUCUCCUGCCAUCAUGGCGCCCAAGCUCUUCCACCUGCGGGAGCGGCACGCAGACGCCCGCACCAGCCGCACCCUGCUCCUGCUGGCCAAGGCGGUCCAGAACGUGGGCAACAUGGACACACCAGCUUCCAGGGCUAAGGAGGCUUGGAUGGAACCGCUGCAGCCCACGGUGCGCCAGGGCGUGGCCCAGCUGAAGGACUUCAUCACCAAGUUGGUAGACAUCCAGGAGAAAGAGGAGCUGGACCUGCAGCGGGCCCUGAGCUUGCAGGCGCCGCCAGUGAAGGAGGGGCCGCUCUUCAUACACAGGACCAAGGGCAAGGGCCCCCUCAUGUCCUCCUCCUUUAAGAAGCUCCACUUCUCCCUCACCACGGAGGCUCUCAGCUUUGCCAAGACACCCAGCUCCAAGAAAAGCACCCUCAUCAAGCUUGCCCACAUCCGGGCAGCAGAGAAGGUGGAGGAGAAGAGCUUCGGCAGCUCCCACGUCAUGCAGGUCAUCUACACGGACGACGCGGGCAGGUCCCAGACCGCCUACCUGCAGUGCAAGUGUGUGAACGAGCUGAACCAGUGGCUGUCUGCACUGCGGAAGGUCAGCAUCAACAACACCGGCCUGCUAGGCUCCUACCACCCUGGAGUCUUCCGUGGGGACAAGUGGAGCUGCUGCCACCAGAGGGACAAGACAGAUCUGGGUUGCGACAAGACGCGGUCCCGGGUGACCCUGCAGGAGUGGAAUGACCCUCUCGACCAUGACCUGGAGGCUCAGCUCAUCUACCGGCACCUGCUGGGUGUGGAGGCCACACUGCGGGAGAAGCACCGACAGCUGAGUGCGGGCCCAGAGGCAGGCCCUGUGCUCCCGGGCCCCGGAGGAGCCCCCGAGGACCCACUGGCCCAGCUGCUCCAGGUACUGCAGGACCUCCGGGAGGCCCAUAGGUCCAGCCCAGCCGGCUCCCCACCCUUGGAGCCCAGCCGCGUCCUGGAGCUGCAGACGUGAGGCCGCCCCACACUCCACGCUGAGCCCCGCCAGGUGCUGGGAGACCCCCGUGCACUCUCAGCUGUUCACCUCGGUCCCUCUCGUUGGGGUGCAGGGCCUGGGUCUCUCCCGGGCUGAGUGAGCUGGGGGAGCCAGGGGGUCCGGAAAUCCAGCGAUGAUACGGCUUUGGCCUGUCGUCACCCACCUGACAUCUCCAGGGGACUUCGGGGGCUCCUGCUCCUCUGUGAGGCCUGGCUGCUCCCCGCCAGCCCCACAGCCAUCGCUGCCACUAGCCCAGACUCCCCAGGGUCCCUCCUCUCCUGCGAGGGCAGACCCAGCCAGAAACCACCCCUAGGGUGGUCCACACCCAGAUGGACUGAUGCUUCUUGGACCCAGAGAGGCAGGAGGGAACACGGGGCCCAGGAGACCAGGCCUGGACCUCAGCACCUGCUUUGCUCCCGGCCACCACCCCACCUGCUCCCCUCAUGGCCACGGCUGUGCUCCCCGGGAGAGCAGCGCGGUGCUCUGUUGCCGGCAAUAAACCUGCUGUGACUGUG